AUGGAGGUAGUGCUGUCGCUGUACCGGCGUUCUGUGGCUGCUGAUAUCAAAGAUACCCUGCAGCCAGCGAAUGCACAUACGCUGCAGCGUAUGCUUUACGAAAGCAGUGAUAUCUUUGGCCAAUUGUGCAAAUAUGACAACUUUCACCGCGCAUUUGGAGUCCCGCCUAAUCCCUGCGAGAACGUUUCGUUCAUCACUUUUUGGAAAGGUGUUGAGGACGUGAUAACGGGACCGGAGUCCGUGAUAGGUGGUACAAGCAGCAUCGAGCUUCAGAAGGCGUUAUUCGUCGAAGAUGCGCUGCUACGUAGUAUGCGAUAUUUCCGUGACGAACUACUUAAGCAGAGCUCGCCAAUGACGACAUCCGCUUUUUUUUCUGUCAUUGAGAACUGCGGCAGGAAUAGCGAGAUGGAGGAAUUUUGGUCGCGAGUCCGCGAAAAUUCACGUCACACUUUUAGCUGCGGUACUAUAGACACGAACGAAGUGUCUGAUAUGAUUUUUGGCCACUUAUGUCAGCGAUUUAGUUGUCGUCCCGACGCUGGUGCUAACCUUAGGACCAUAUCCACCUGCAUAUCCCUUGACGCAGAGGAUGACUUAAGAGCUACACCAUCCACCCGCUCUCUUGUGAGCGAUACAUUGUCUGGGCGUAGCGCGACAUCUUAUGAUGAUCGUUACCGCCAAUUGCUCGAGGACCUGGAUGUGUGUCUUCCCGCAGUGUACAACCGUUUUUGCGAACGAAUUGAUGAGCUGACAACGCAGCGUGAGCAGCUAGAAAAUGAGUGUGAGAUCAAGGAGAAGCAGCUGGAUGAUCUGCGCUCCGAAUUUGCUGCCUCCAACCUUGCACUAAAAUCAAGGUGUGAUCAGUUGCUUGAAAAUAACACAUUGUUACAUCGCAAAAUUGAGUCUCAGGAACUUGAAUUGGACAGUUGUCGAAUCCACAUGGAUAACAUGAAGCGCCGUUUAGACUCAUAUGACACGUCUCGACUCGAUGAUGAACUUCAGACGUUUAAGCUUCGCUGUGAGAGUCUGGAGCAAGUGAACGCAGAUUUACGCAAUUCUUUAAACAGGGCAGAGUCCAUUCAAACAUCUAUAUGCACAGACAAAUUUGAUCGCAUAGACGCGUGUGUCGGUGUGGAACUGGAAUACAGCGAGCGUAACUCUCCGUCCACCGCGCGUUGCGACGAAUGUUCUACUGCGGAAGACCGUACAGUUAUGUUACAAGAGCUUGAAGGUUUGCGUCAGGAAAACGUCGAGCUGUCAGAUAAAGUGUGUAAGAUGCGCUUCCAGUUGGAUUCACUCUCACGGGACCUCGAUGCCGCCUUGCGUGAGAACGCAGAAGUGGCAGAGAGGAUGAUGCGUUCAAUCUCUAGCGAACAACACAAGGCGGAACAACAGGGUUUGAAAGAUCAUAUCACAUCCCUUGAACUGGAAGUCGCGUCUUUACGUGAUCAGCUGGGGUCGAUGCGCAAAGACAGCGAAGACGCCGAAACCCAGUUCGUCACGCUACAGAACACCAAGUUGGACUUGGAACGCGAAUUGACGGGACUUAAGGCUGAAACAUUCACGUUGAAGAACGAAUUAGAUGUGUUACGGCAUAAGUGUACCCAGUUAGAGGCUGAAGGUGCUGCGGCGUCACACUUACAGCGCCAACUACAGGAGUAUCGAUUGUCCAAUUCUGAGCUACAGAGCAAGUUAGAUGCUCUCACGAAGGAGAACUACGGUCUAGUCGCACGCAUAGACGAACUCACAGCGCCUCCCACGGAUACCACGGGUGUGACCGGGAUUGAUGAUUAUCCGGAUAGCGGCUGUUCCGCAUUUUCACCGAAGAGUGACAUUACAGAUUUUGAUGGUUAUGAGGAAGUACAACGUGGUGUACCAAGUGGUAACAUGAUAAAGAUAAACCCUGCUUUGGCUGAAACCAGGCGGCUAAAUACUUUGAACGCAAUGAAGCAUGGACAACUGAAUUUAUCUGACGCCCACGUGUCUCUGUCUAGUUUCAAUAGCGGUGUCGGUGGUCCCUUGGUAUACAGACAAGUUUUUGGCUUUCAAAGAUCGAUGACGGUGUUGUCUGACGAGGGUGAUAUCGAUUUGCUGCACGACCCGCGGGAUCUGGGACUCGACAGCGAUACCGCUUCGUUGUUGGAGGAUGACCCAAAUGAUGUGCUACAAAGCGCGGCUUCUUACAUCUCAGAUACAUUCAACAUAGGCCUACGUGCUGGCGGAAAUGCCUAG